UUAAAUCAACCAACAACAUGGCUACGGUGGUCUUCUUCCGACGAUUUUUUUUUAAAUUUUUUGAGUUAAUUUUUUCAUAGCGACGCCGAACACAACGGUGAUAGAAGAAGAAGAUAGACUGAAUUUGUUCUCCAUACAAAGGCUUCGAAAGGCCCACAUCUCAACAUCAUGAUCUAGCACAUGCCUAGGACUGCUCGUAGGUACUUUUGGACGGACGUGUGAAUAUGAUGGUUUUCCUGGAUAUGGAGCCUGCUGUGUGCUGUAAGGAUCAGAGCAAGGAAAAGGCUCGAUGGACUCUGCUGAAAACAGCUCAGGACACAUCCGUAUAACCGGCGUUUGGAGAAAAUGACUAACACAAAGGCAUCGUUUGUUUGUGUGGACAGUGUAAGAAAACGACUGAGGUAAAAGGAGGAAAAGACUGAACAAAUAAAGACUUCACAAGCGAAUAGCGAGCUUUAGACUAUUGACAUGGCUGCACCUCAAACGUACAAGGCUAAUGUGAACCAGUCCGCCUAUUUAACAGAUAGGAGGAAAACGUAACAGAAUUCAUCACUGGAGAAGUGAAAGGAUGAGUACACGGACAGUUUUUCACAUUUUUAUUGAAAUUCAGGGUUAUUUCCAUGGUGACCAACCUCAUGGCUACCACUACAGAGACCAUAGUGCAAACCACAGGAAACCUGUCAGACCAUAAAGACCAAAGAGGAGGUGAAUUUGAUCAUACCCAUCAGGAACUAAACCCGUCUGUGCUGAGUGCUGCUGAGAGUAACUCUGUUCUCCAGGGAAUCAUAGUGGCAGCUCAGGCACUGAUACUGCUGUCUGUAUUCCUUCUCUCCUGUCUUGGUAACUCAGUAGUUGUCAUCGUUAUCAUCAAGCACAGGCAACUUCGAACAGUGACUAAUGCUUUUAUCAUGUCGCUGUCGCUAUCGGACUUCCUCACGGCUGUCUUGUGUCUGCCAUUCUCUUUUGUUAUGCUUUUCAGUAAGGAUGGAGUCUGGAUGUUUGGGGAUCGUUUCUGUGUUGCCAAUGGGUGUUUGAACACCUGCUUUGGUAUCAUCUCCACCCUGACAAUGACUUUGAUCUCCUUUGAUAGGUACUAUUCCAUUGUCAGACAACCACAGGCUAAAAUAGGCAGACAGAAAGCAGCCCAGUUAUUGAUUGCAGUGUGGCUAACUGCUGUCAUAUUCUCUCUGCCUUGGUAUCUGGUAGUCCGAACACCUAAAGAAAUCCAUAAGCAAGGUUUUUACCACUGCAUGUAUGUGUUCCACUCUGGUACCUCACUCAUGGGAACAGCUUAUAGCAUCUGUCUGAUCAUUGUAUGUUAUUUAUUGCCUUUUUGCCUGAUGUGUUUUUGUCAUUACAACAUUUGUAAGACUGUUCGGCUCUCAGAAAUACGAGUCAGGCCUGUGACCACAUAUGCAUACUUACUUCGAUUUUACAGUGAAAUGCGAACAGCCACCACAGUUCUGAUAAUGAUUGUUUUCAUUAUUUUUUGCCGGGGGCCAUAUUGUCUAAUGGGGCUAGUUACUGCUAUAGGGGACUACACAUUUAAUCCUGCAAUGGACACAGUGGCCAUAUGGCUAGCUUGGGCAAAUGGAGCCAUUAACCCUCUGAUCUAUGCUCUGAGGAACCCAAAUAUAGCCAUGUUACUGGGACGCAGUAGAGAAGAGGGCUAUCGGACCAGAAAUAUUGCUGCAUCCCUCUCCAGCCAAACUCAGAACCAUGAGGCCCGGUUUAACAAUGCAGAGAGGAUAAAAGAUCGCUACCUGAGUCGUGCAGGGCUUAACAGCCAGCUGUUGACUUCGAGUCCUGGAAAAACAGGAGGGGGUGGAGAAGUGACAAUGUGGGCUUGUAAAAACCCUGCUGUGUACUUCUGUAAGGACACUCAGCAAAAUACUGCAUCACUACCAAACUCAGUUGGCGCUCAAAAGACAAAGAGACCUGACACGAGCCUUUGA